AUGAGCUCAUCGACCAAAGAAUCAUGCGAUGAACUGGCCCCUCCAAUGGAUCCAAAUGUGGCGUCUACCUCCGCAUCAACCCCAACUACCACCACUCCUACUCAAUCAACUCUACCACCAAUUCCAAAAAAGGGUAUCUUGAAACGAGUAUCGUCGCAAAGUGCAUUUGCUCGAGAUGCGCUUGAGGAGGGUGAUCAGGUGUUUCCUCUUCGAGAGUACAGGAGCUCUCCGGAUCGAUUCCCAGAUCGACCCGCCACUCGGAUACCGAAGUUAUCGUUAACUUGGUCGGAAAAAAAUGCCGUGGCGUUUUUCGGUGAGACAACAUCUGACGAGAAUACUACCGAAAACGACGAAGCAUCAGUACCAACACUCGUUCCAUUUCCCUCACAAAUUCCUUCGGCCAACCAAAAUUUAAUUCGACCGAUCAGGCAAACAGCAAUUCUGGAUGAUGAUGAAAGCGAGGAACGAGAAAUGACUGAUGAUUUGAUGGGUGACGAUGAGUACGAGAAUCGAUCCGAGACCGACGACGAUCAGUCGUUGAGUGGUAAUGGGGGCACAUCGCAUAUUGCUGGCAAAUGGUGGUUCGGUAAGAGCACAAAAUUCAUUCCACAUUGUGCAAAGCGUGGAUGUACUCAUACACAUUCAAAUGAAUGCUCCUCUGGUGCAGAGUACUUAACACCAACACAACGACGCACCAGAGAAAUUCAUCAUCUUCGCAAGCAGCUCAAGUUUGUUUUGCUCUUUUGCAUCAUUCCAAUCCAUCAUCCGCUCAACGAGUUGGUGGAGCGAUUUUUCAGAGAAGCAUUCGCUAUGUGA